AUGGCAAGUUGUGCUAUAGCGUUGUGUCAGAAUUAUAGAAGGAAAACUAAAAGUCAAGGCAUCACAUACCAUCGUUUUCCAAGUGAUCCAGAACUUUGUAAGUUAUGGACUAAUCGCUGCAAAAGAGCAGAUAAUUUCAACAUCGAAAAUGCCAGAAUAUGUGCUCUUCAUUUUACACCUGAUGACUACGUACGAGAUCUAAAGGCAGAAUUGCUUGGUUCAACUCCUAAAAGGGUGCUGAAAGCCAAUGCUGUUCCCACUUUACAUCUUCCGUCAUCAUCAUGUGAAAAUAACUCAUCAAUAAAGUAUAUAUGUUGUGCUUCAAAAACUGAACCUAAUCUGGAGAAAACGUUUUCUAACAUGAAUGAGUCAUCUAAAUUUAUGCUAAAAAGGGAUAGAGCAAGCAGGUGUCAGGCUCGGGGAACAAGGAAACGAGCAUUGGAAAAUUUAGCUUCCCUUUCCCCCAAAAAGAAAAAACUACAAGCUGAUAAGAUAGACUGUGUAACUCAGUUUGCAUCCAGUGACACAUCUCAUUUAGUUGAGCGUGUGCAAAUCUUAGAAAAGGAAAAUAAGAGAUUAAAUGUGUUGCAGUCAAUUGAAAAUGCGAAAGAAAAUUAUUUUUACUGA